CUUCCGGGUAGCUCCUGUAACACGUGGGUGGAUCAGUUCUCUCAUUAUGACGGGCAGCGAUGAGGAAUCUACAACCUUCAAUAAACCAACGGAGAGGAAAAAGAAGAAGCAGAAGAAACAGAAGAAUGAGGAUUCAGAGAAAAGUGAAUCACAGGGUCAUAAUAAUGAAAAUACGAUGAUGAAGAAGAAGCAGAAGAAGAAAGCCGAGGCCACAGGGGAUGUUCCUGAAAUAAUGGAUGUAGUCUCUAAGAAGAAAAAUAAAAUAAAAUCAAGUGACCCAAACAAAAAUGAUGAUUUCCCAAAAAAGAAAAUGGGUGACCCUACAUCUGCUGAAAGAACCCACAAAAAGAAAAAGAAGAAAAAUGUAUUGGCUCAAGAGAGUUCAACAUGUGACCUGCAGAUGAAUGAGGAUGUCCCUAAAAAGAAUAAAAAGAAAAAUAAUAUAGAAGACGCUGGAUCAUUGGAGCUUGAAAGUAUUGAUCCAGGGCAUAAAAACGAUGAAAGCGCUGCCGUAGAAGAUAGUAAGGAAAUAGUUACUGAGAAAAAGAAGAAACGCAAAAAGUCUAAGCCAGCUGAAAACAAAUCUGAGGAUGGAGCCCCAGGAACUGAAGAUGUUCUCAUUGAUGUCUCGGACAUCAAGAAAAAAAAGAGAAAGGAGGCCUCUGAGCUAGAAGAAAAGUCAGGAUCUCCUACAGAGGACCAGCCUGAGACAUCUGAGCAUGCAAUGGUAAAGAAGAAGAAGAAGAAGAAAAAGAAGGCUACUUCUGUCAAGACAGAGGAAGUCAUUGAAGAUCACGAUGUCCACCAUGGAGAAAACGGUGGAGGUUCUCAAAGAGUUUCCAAAAUAAAGAAAAAGAGCAAGGGCUCAAAUAUUGAACACAGAGAAUCUGACCUGAAAAGGAACGGAGAUGAGGACAGUGACGUUCCUACCGAAGGAGGCUUGAAGAAGAAAAGGGGAAAUAGAGCAGAGAAAACAACCGAGCUGGUGGAUGGUACAGAGAAAUCUUGUGAAAAGGAAAAGUUCACGAAUAAGAGGAAAAAGAUGCAGAAACAUAAUGAUGAGAGUCAUUGUGCAAAUGAAGACACAACAGAAGUUCCGAAAAAGAAGAAGAAAAAAGAGACCAAAAAUUCCAAAGGCGCGAACAAGAAGCAAGAGGAGAGCACAGACGUCCAGUUGGUGUCAGCGCGAGAUGGAAACGCAGAUGAAGCACAUGGUGGUCCGGUAAAACGAAAAGCUUCAACGGAUACUGACCGAGAGUCUGGAAACACCAAGGGAACGAAGUUUGGGCAGUGGGACACGGCUGCCUUCCAAAACCCAGAACAGCAAAGCAAGUUCUUUCGACUUUUGGGUGGAUUCAAGAAAGGAAACCAAGAGACCUCAAACCAGGUAAAAGCCAAUAUGGCCUUGGAGAAGGAAGGAGAACAAGCUCUUGAGAGGAACCUGCUGGCGGAGUUUGACAAAGCAGUUUCCUGGAAACGGAACCGAGGCAUCGGCUUAGGCUUCCAGCCUGCUCCGAACAAGUUCUUCUACAUUGACAAAACUAGAUCCACAUCAGUAAAGUUUGACGACUGAAUUUUGCACUCAGAUUCCAGGCCAAAAGUGGACAUCUUUGAAAUGAUGAAGCUAGAAGUGUAUGGCCAUCAUAUUUCAGGUCACUGGAACUGUUGGGAGUCCAGGUCGUGUUGCUCAUGCAAGCAGAUAGGAAAGGUGUUGACCGGAUACCACUGGUGGCCUUAUUCACUGCCAUAAUGUGUAGAUGAUUUUAUGACAUGUAAGUCCUUGUAAGCCCAAACUAUGGGGCAUCAUAAAUAAAACUAUCAGCGAUG